GAUUUCCCCAGUUUGAUCGAACUAUGUGAAUUGCCCUGGCUACUAUGGUGAGUUUUUCUCUCACUAGUUUAGCACACAUGAAUUUUGUAGCGUAUUCAUCCACAUAAUGAUACGAGUGUACAACCUACUCUAUGGGGAGAUUUACAUAUUCAGACCUGAUCCAAACUUAUGAUAUAAUAUCGGAAGUGUAUAACUUUUUUUAUAGAUCAUACAGAGAUCCAAACACCUCACUUCCCGAUAGAAGAUUCCGAGAGUUAGUCACAUGGUAGGAAAUACUGUAUUCCUCAGAAUAUGGACUUUUAAGAUUGCUUGCUUUGUCAUCUAAGUCCUCUUGUCCUUCGGUCUUUGGUAGUAAGGAUAGGUCAAUCGACCCAUGUUAGUCCUUACAGUUUGUAGUACUGUAAAGAUCAAGUCUCGCUUCGAAUGUAUCAAAAAGGUGGUGAUAUUACGUGUUCUGAUAGAGAAUUUCAGUUAUUUAGCGUUCGGAAGGAACAGUAAAUACUGUCAGCUCAAAUUCAUUUAGUAUCAUGGACGUCACAGUCGAGUCGCCCCAUAAUUUGCAGAAAGAUGCUUCAGAUAUUUCCACUCCUGGAGCCAAGCAUCUCCGAACUUGAUUGGGUACUUGCCUUGAUGUUUACACGAGAUUUGAAUAUUUUAAGCAUUUACAGUGCUCGAUGUCUUAGUUUCAACCCUACUGAGGUUUUGUUAGGUGUAAUGGGCACCCUUUUCGUCCAUCUGUAAAUGUUAAUCUUAAAACAUCCUGCUUCAAAGCUUCUAGCUGGAUCUUAGGGUAAACGAUUGUAAUUUAGAACUAACAGCAAUAACCCACAAACUUUGUGUGUGGUUUCACUUUUGUGUUCGGGCCACACGAAAACAGCUGGAUUGGUAACUUUUGCUCAUGUCUAGCAAAGCACCGUUAUUUGCCGUGACACUUGCAUGUUUCGAUGGCAUUGGCGUAAUUUUGCACUGAGGAUUUGAUGACACUUGAAAGUUCGUUGAUAUGAAAAUGAAUAACGAUAUAUCUAGCACAUAUAUACAUAUAUUUGUAGAGAAAACCUGCUAUCUAUUCCCACAUCGCGGUUUUUCUUUGGUCGAAAUGUUUGUUUACUGGUUUUACUUGGUAAAUCGUUAAUAAGUGUUAGGAAUAUCACUAGUAAUUGUUUCUAAACAUCUGGACUAACGCAGAAAAUCGGUUAAUUUAUGCUAGCACAUCACAAAGACACUAAGUUUCAAGUGAUUUUCAUGCACAGAACUGGUGGAGCGUCUGUUCCGUUAAAAAAACGUAAACCAAAGAUUAGAAGAAACUUUCAGAUAAUAAUAGCACAACCCUCUAUUAUUUUGAUGCCUGGUCUACGCUUGAACCGCUCUACGUAGGUUACAUUAAUCUCAAAAUGUAAAUGCUCUACGAAUGGUCGCUUCUUUAGAAUGCAAAGAACCUUCUACGUUAUCUAGGCCUUCUUAUCUUACCACUCUAAGUAAGUAUCAACACAUGCUAAGUGUACAGACCAACUUAUUUCAGUUCUAUACAAUUUUUAAUAGUCUCUUAAGGGAAAGCUCAAAGAUUAUAGGUACCGGAAAUCCUUGCCUGUAAGUUUUAAGGAUAAAGCAUUUAGGGAAUAAACUAGAUUAACCUCGAUUUUUUAAAAUCAAAUUAUAGAGGCAAGUAAUUUGGACUCACACUGUACCCCCCUCCGAGUAUAAUUAUUUGGCUUCGUACUGAACGAUUGACAGGUGAGAUUUUAGUCGAGUUUUGUAACCAUAGGGAUAAAAUCUAUUGCAUCUCUGAAUAGCCUAGGGUUAUGUAUCAAUGUGAGUGUUCUUUACAUCAACAUUCCUACUGAUAAGAUUCAAAAUCUUCAUACACUGAGAUGAUUAAUAGUAAUAGUAGUAGUACCGCACUGGUCAUUGUUUUGUAAUUUUCUACAUAUCUAUAUAAAUAUGUCAACACUUUCCUCAACGAAUCCGGUAUUGAGAAGUUUGACAAAGUUUAUUGCUUUCCCAUGAUUUCCUGGUGACAUAUCUCGUCACUAUUCAAUCGCAAACUUUUAUAGUUCCACGAAUUGUUUCAGGUUUUUUGGAUAAACAAGUUGCUACUCAUCUUGUUGAUGACCUUCCACGGCGCUUCAUUAAUAUAUGGAGCUCAUUCUUGGACGCCUACUCACCUAUCAUCUAUCUCUAACUCAUCCUUAAUCGAUGAUCGUGAUGCAGAUCCUUUUCGGUUAAGUUAUAUCAAAGUGGGAUUGGCAGCAGCUUUUUUUUUCACUGUGCUUGUUUCGUGUGGUCUGCCAGUUUUAUUGAUAAACUACCUGAAAGAACGAAAUAGUCUAUCAUUAUUCAAUAACAAUCGAAGAUUUCAUUUGGGUAAAGUGCAACAUAGUGGGUCAGACCAAGUUAAAGUAGAAAAUAGGGAUGAUGACAUUAGAUUUCAAUACUGUGAUCUAAAUUUAUCUCCACCUUCAGGAAGGAGUCCUGUAAAUAUUUCUAGUGGUGAAGUGUAUGCAGAUAACAAUGUUUCAUGGAACCGAGCUCCGUUUCAACAACAAACUUCGGUGGAAUCUGAAAGUUUAUCCACUUGUCAAAGCCCUAAUCCUGCAUUAAUUAACGGAGACCAGUUUGAAAACAGAGAUUUACUUACUGGUCAGGUGGUCCAUAAUGAGCGGAACUGGGCCAGUUCAUUUAGGAUUCAAGAUCGAAUACGUGGUCGUAAUUUAAGUGAUCACUCUAUUAUACAGAAUCGAAGAGAUCAUCAGAAACAAGAGAAACAAAUGUCAUCUCGAAAAGUUUGUCUUUCAUCAGGAACAACGCGUAAAGAAGCAUUACAAGCUUGGUUUAGUCGGUGUAAUUGUUUUGCCGCUGGAGUAUUCUUAUCUUCAGGUUUUAUGGAACUUUAUCCCGACACUGAAGAAGCUAUAGCAGAGGCAAAAAUUCAGUUACAUAUUAAAUCUGAAUUCCCAUUCGCUCCAUUUUUAACUCUUGUUGGAUUCUUUCUGGUUUUAAGCAUUGAACAAAUUAUAUGGACAACAAAAUCAAAUCAAUGGACAUGUUGUUCGAGAAGAAAUCUUAACACUAGUCAAGCAUUACAUCGUGAUUCAUUACAUUCGAAUGAAAAUGAUUAUAAUUUUGAAAGUAAUGGAAAUUUUUACCUUGAUGACAAUAAUAGCAAUAACAAUGUAAAACAUAAUGAGAUUACUGCAAAUCACAAAUUAUCCUUGGAGGACUCACAACAGAAUAACAUUGGAUAUUUAUCAUCUAAACUUAUGAAAAGUAAUGCCAAGAGGCCAUCGAAAUUAUCCAAUGCAACAAAUACUUCAGAAUUGACUGCAGUCGAUUGUUCACCUACAUCAUCUACUCAUUCUGGGAAUGAUUUUCUUCUAGAAUCCAAUAUUACAAGAAACCACGUCGAACACACUGGCCACUGUCAUGAUGAUAAUAAUAAUGAUGAUCAUAAUGCUCAUCAUCAUUCUCAUACUCAUGAUAUUAAAUUUGAUACUAGCUCCUUUGGAUCAGUGUUACGUAUUGUUCUACUUUUAUGCGCUAUGUCUGUACAUUCAAUAUUUGAAGGUUUAGCAGUUGGUCUUCAACCUACAACACAACGUACUCUUGCCUUAUUCACUGCUAUUUUAUUACAUAAAAUUAUCAUAGCUAUUGGAAUUGGUGUAAAUUUAGCUACAAAUUUAAAUCAACCAUCAACAUCUUCAGGUUCUUCAUUUCCAUCUCGAUCUUCCUAUUGUCGUCUUUUUAUGUAUCAAUCUAUUGGAACAUUAAUUUUAGCUUGUUCAUCACCAUUCGGUGUUCUUGUUGGUUGUGGUUUAAUGCAACAAAAACAAUCACCAAUAUUGACAAUGUCAACUGCUGUACUUCAAGGUUUAGCUUGUGGAACAUUUUUCUUUGUAGUAUUCUGUGAAUUAUUACCAGUUGAAUUUAAAGAAGGUGUCAAAGAUAGGAUGGGAAAGUUUUUUUUCUUAUUACUUGGAUUUGCAGUAGUUGCAUUAUAUGCUUUUUUAAUGCCUGAAUAAACAUUGUUUAUUCAUUGUAUGAAUUUAUUCUUUGUUACUUUUUAAAAGAAAAUUACUUCGCGCCCAAUUUUAUGAACCAUUUAUAAUCAAUUACAUUUAUAGUCUUUAUCAGCUGUGUAUACGUUUCUUUUAUUAUUUUCUUUUUUUUUCAUUACUUCUCUUUAGUUUAUUUGUUCUUCUCUUAGUUGUAUGUUAAAAUCAAAUUAAAUGAUAAUAAAUUCUACUUUAAGUUGGAUAAUUAUUUUUGAACUGUAACUUUCUUCACUUGGUAUUGUUUUGCUUGUAUCUUCCUAUUGAGGUUUAAGACUGCAAUUGAUCAGUCUGUUAGCCACUAUCCAUCUUUGCUUGUAACUUUCUUCGCUACGAACUUUUUCUCUUUAAUUGUCUAAAUUUCUUUUUAUAAAUGAAUUCAUUAUCUCUAUCUAUUACUUCUAAUUUAUUUAUGUAUCUGUCUAACUAGGUACAUUAUUUCUUUUCUUUCGCAUAAAAUUUUAAUUGAUCAGUUUCUGUGCAUAUUUAUUUUCGAUAGUUUACUUUAUAUAUACAUGAUCUCUGGUAAUUUUUUUUCUGAAGUACAAUUCAAAGUACUGCUUUUGGUGUCUGUUUUUUUUAUUAUCGGGAUAUGUUUCUCCUGUUGGAGUUUGAUUAUUUAUUUGUGUGUUUGUGAAUAUCUGGAAUAAAUAGAACACCUGAUUUGAAAGAAAGUUGUGUUUAUCCUUUGAUAAUUAUUUUUGAAAUGACAUUAGUCUUUGUAGUAGUCACACUAAUUAAUAUUUUGUUGGCCUUUGCCAACUUGCGUUACCUGUGGUGUAGGCGGGAUAUUCGUCUACAAGCCAGAGGACAAGCUUACUGCGCAACGGUAUGCCUCAUUCUUCUUUAUGGAUGUGAAACAUGACCAUUAAGAAUAGAGGAUUUCAGCAGGUUAAUAAUAGUAAUCGAUCGUAGGUGUCUUCGAUGCAUCCUUUAUUAUUAUUAUUAUUAUUAUUA